UGUUGAAUUCGUUUUCUGACCAUGGCACAGUUGGAAGUGACGGGAGUGUCCUGGCGGAGACGUGCGUUCGUUGCGGCAUUGGCAGCAUGUGCAAUUGCCGCUGAAGUCAACGAUACCAACUUAACCCCUUCCUUGGUGGUGUCGGCCUCCAUUCCGUCAAUUGCUGCAGACCUUGAGAUCGUCGACGAAACUGGAGGACCACACUCUGUCGAUCGAAAUGACGAAGUGUUGACACCAGCCUCCAGUGAUGCUGCACUUGGAGAAUUUGAUAUGCCCACCCCACCUUCCAUUGAUUCCCCUUCAGUUGAGCAGAAUGCCACGGCUUCCCCGGCAACAAUUGCAACGGGAGGAGGUGGCGCUUUACUCCCACCUGUGCUCGUGUCAAACAACUCCAGCACUUUUCCAUCCGAGUCGACCCCGAGUAAUGCACCAGCAAUGGCGGUUGAUAUUCUCAAGACUGCUUUGCCUCCGGCAACCAGUCCACCGGCAACGAGCUCACCGACCACAUCAGAACAAACUACAGGAACACCAACUACAGCAGCUCCUACCACAGCCGCUCCACCUAUAACGGCGUCUGCACCAAUUGCAUCUUCUGCGACCACAUCUACUGCGCCCGCUUCCCCAACACCCGCAUCAUCUCCCACCACAACAACCACCUCUGUACCAUCAACGACUACGAAACAAGUCACGACCGCAGCACCAACGACGGUCUCAAUAACCACGACCGAACUGAAGUCCACGACACCCUCUCCAUCCUCUGCAUGGACUGUUGCCCCCAACCCGUCAGCAGUCCCUGUUGUAGACCACACGAUUAGUCCUGAAGAGCCUUCGACGAAGCAUGGGAAACCUUCCGCAGUGAACGAGAGUGCCAGAGGCAGCAGCCACCAUGGCCCUGCUACGUCGUACACAACGCUCGCGCUUGUGGGAUUUUCGCUCUUGUGCGUUUUCAUCGUGCUUCGUCGGCGUCACCUCCGAGGAUCCACCACCUCUGGAGCAUCGACAGGGAGACCUUCUAGUAGCGGCAAUUACGCCAAACUGAGCAACCCCCACGACCCCGUCGACGAUGAUGACGACUUGGACUGGCAAGAUGAUCCCGAGCUGGGCAGUAGCACCGGACGAAAACGGCUCUCGCCCGACUUCAACCCGUUCUCACGGAAUCAACCGGUCCCGUCGACGCCGAAAUCCGUGCCCCCGCUGUCGACCACGCCGUCGUCUCCGCCUCCUUGCCCACCCCGCUGCAUGUCGAGGCUGCACGAGCCGAUCAAUCCGUUUGCCGUGAACCAUGACGUGUUCAGCGUGCGUAGCCGAUUCAACUGACUCGAACGAUUCAAGCCUCAUCUUGAUUGCAGGAAUUCAACAUGGUGCCCCAAGUAAAAGCCUCCGCCCAGCCCCCUCCUCUCGUGCUGCCGUCCCCUGCAAAACACCCCGUCAUCCCACCACCGCCAGCAUCGACCAGCGCCAUCUUUGCCAUGGAAAUGGACGAUCAUGCAGAAGAUGACGCGUCCGGCUGGGACGAAGACGACUGGACUCACUAGGCAUGCCAUCAGCUUUGUACUUCAACUCGCGAGGUGUUGGAAAAACGACUGCUUCAGCCCUCUUCGACGCUAUGCGUGUGUCGGGAUGGCAGCGUGCGACGACGGAAACGUGGGGUUUGCGUACAUCCUUUCAAAAACCAACAUGAACCAGUUGACGCGACAUUCGCCUCCAC